GACGUCAGGCGGCGUCGAGCGGCGUCUCGCUUCCUGUUUCCGGUGCCCUUGUUCCUACGUUGAAGGCGACGGCGUAGACGAGGAGGAAGGUGAAGAGGAAGAGCUGCCAAGAUGCUUCGGAACCUUUUGACUCUUCGGCAAAUUUCUCAGAAAUCCAUAAGCACUGCCUCCCGCAGGCAGGUUACAAACAAGGUUCCGGAAUUACAGAAACAUUUCCAGGAAGAUAAUGGCAUUCCAGUGUACCUAAAAGGUGGAACAAUGGAUGCAAUGCUGUAUCGAACCACCAUGAUCCUUUCCGUUUUUGGAACAGGCUAUCUCCUUUAUGUGCUCUUCAAUGCAGCAAUGCCCAAGAAAAACAAUUGACCCCAGUUUACAGGAUGCAUCUUGGAGUAACACCUCUCCACACCAUUCCAAAACACUCUUCAGGGACCUACUUUGUCCUUGUCAUAAAUGAUGUCUGUGUUGGGGAUCAAUAUUUAUUGAGUUGAAAUGUUCUAUGCUGUGACCAAUAAAGUAGUUUUACAUUCCUGUG